AUGUCAACACAAGAAAAAGCAAAGCAAUUUGAUGAGUUGUUAAAACUGUUGGAAGAAUUAAAAAACGAUAUUCACAAUACUACCUACAACACUGGUCAUACAAGACCAAAUAGUUGGAAUUCAGAUACAAAACAAAGAUGGGAAGAAUUAAUUGACCAAUCAACUAACAAAGUACAAGAUUAUUCAAAGAAUAAUGAUUUACAAUCACAGCAUGUUGUGGAUUUGGAAAAUGAAAAUUCAACAUUAAAGGAAAAGAUUAAAACUCUUGAAAAACGUCUCAAACUCUUGUCUUUGAUUUCCGAAUCCAAUGAUGAGCAAGUUGAUGAAUUAAUGACAGAGUUGGCAAAUAAGAAAUUCUUUGAUCGUGAUAAUCAUGAUCGUGACUCCAAUGAGGGAAAUAAUGAUGGACAAGUUAUUUAG